ACGGAAAUUAGAAGUGGUUCAGUCGGGUUGAGUCGGGAGUAGGCUAUGCAUAAACAGCAUAGAUCUAUAAUAAAAAGAUAUUAUUAUAGUUCUGUGAUAAAGAGUAACUGUGCUACCCACCUUUACCAACAGUAACUAUGACUGACAAGAAGUGUGGAUGCGUCAAAGACCUCUCCGAUUGUUCCAUCCAUGUGGACGUAAAGGUAAAUUGACACGACACAGGAAUACUAUAGCAGUGUCCUUAAGGCAACCUCAGAUCUGAAAACUAACGCCUGUAUGACCCCAGCCAGCUCCCUGCCCGCACACAUUCGAAAGGCUCUGAGCAAAGUUCACCCCGAAGUCAUUUCCAGAUACUAUGGCUGUGGCCUGGUGGUGCCCGAGUCCCUGGAGGGCUGCAAGAUCCUGGACCUGGGUAGUGGCAGCGGGAGGGACUGCUACAUGCUCAGCCAGUUGGUGGGAGACAAGGGUCACGUAACUGGGAUUGACAUGACACAGGACCUGCUUGAAGUGGCGAAAAAGUACCUGGACCACCACAUGAAAGAAUAUGGCUACAAAACGCCCAACGUCAGUUUUGUUCAGGGCUACAUUGAAGCUUUGGCAGAUGCUGGACUUCAGAAGGACACUUUUGAUAUAAUAAUCUCAAAUUGUGUAGUGAAUCUUUCUCCUGACAAGAAGAGAGUGCUGGCUGAAGCCUACAGCAUCCUUAAGAAUGGCGGUGAGCUGUACUUCAGUGAUGUGUAUAGUAGUGGAAGACUAACAAAUGAAAUAAAAACUCACAAGGUCCUUUGGGGUGAGUGUAUUGGUGGUGCACUAUGGUGGGAGGAUCUGGUGCAUUUGGCCGAAGAAGUUGGAUUCAGUCGUCCUCGUUUGGUGACCGCCACCAUUAUUACAGUGGACAACAAAGAACUGCAGGACGUUCUGGGUGAUUUCAGGUUUGUUGCUGCCACAUACCGUCUUUUUAAGCUCCCCAAAGGAAACUCCAAACCCUGCCGAGUCAUCUAUAACGGGGGCAUCACAGGGGUGGAGAACAGCUUCCCAUUUGACUGCCAAUACACUUUCAAGGCUGAAGAAGUGAUGGAGGUUGAUGGAGAUUUGGCCAAGAUCCUGAGCUCUUCAAGGUUUGCAGGGGACUUCACUUUUGAACCAUCCGGACAAGGACAAUGUGGAGUUAAAGCUAAGGAGAACCUGGUGGAUCCUUUUGAACUGGUGCUGCAGCUGGAGAAACAAAACCCUGGUUCUACCACUAGGGGGUGUUGCAGUACACAGUCUGCCUCUUGCUGCAAGUGAUGCUCAGAAAUGAUAGGCCUAAAAUAAUAACUUGGUUAACUGUGGGAAUUUAUUAUUUGUGAUUGUUUCGUUUUGUCAUUUGCUUUUAUGAUUUCACAAUUAAAUAUAUUAUAUUCUAGAAUAAAUACAUAGGCCUCGCUACUGUGCUGCGCCUUA